ACGAGCACCACCUGUUAGUCUACUCAGGCCAUAGUGCGGCUUGAUUUCGUCGUUGAAUUUAUCACAGUACCAUAAUCAUGGCAACGAUUCGAUUUAGCGCCCUCCACCAAGCACUCAUCACCUCGUCAACAUACGGUAAGGACACUCUCCAUAACACUUGACAUGUCUCUUUUUCUGCAUUGAUUUUGGUGAAUGAAACCUCUUCAUAUCAUGUACAAGAUGAACGUUUUUACAGUGGUGAAACACAAAAUACUAUCUUUUGUUAUUAUGAAGAUCGCUUAUUAUAGUCACCACAAAAGUGUAUAAAAUAAUGCCAGGUGAUGGACAUGAUUCGAGUGUCAGUACAUCAUGGUAACACAAGUCACUUCUGUUUUUGUUAUCUGUUCAUGUAAGCUUCAGCCGAAGUCAGUCCUAACUUGUUUUAAUUUUUUAUUUUUUUUUUAUUUUCAGGCUCUGCUUAGCUCGGCACUUGUGUCAGCUAAUCCUGUGGAAACCCCACUGAAAAACGCUGAACAGUUCAUGUUGAUCAAAGACUAUCGUACAGCUGCCAUGCUAUAUACUGUGGCACUACGGCACCUCGAAGCUGAUUCUUCCCCUGGAUUGGUCGCCGCUAUUCUAUGCAAACGAGCUGAAUGUUUACUUCACUUGAGUUACGUACAGCACGUUUUGCGAGAUUGCAGAGAUGCUAAGAGCAAACUGGGAGGUGACAACGAACACAUAGCAUUUCUAUCUUCACAAGCUCAAGAGUUGCAGGGAGAAGUUCAGAAGGCUUUUAUGCACGCCGUCAUAUACAAGUCUCUUGAUCCUCGGAUAUCAAGGGACAAGGACAUUAUGAGAAGGUUAAGAAUGAAAGUAAAGUGGUUGUGUGGCCAGGGAUAUCAUCAAGUUCAAAGCACUCUUGACGUUCUGAUGACACAAGGCGAGCUUUCGCUCUCAGACUCUGAGACAAAGGUGGCCUUGGCCUUUUUCACAGAAGUUCUGAAUCUUUUUCCAGAAUUUCCGGAUGCUCACGAAUAUCGAGCGCAAUGCCUCUUCAUUUUGGGUGAUUUUCUUCAAGCUGAGCAGGACUGCAAUAGAGGUAUAUUAUUUUUUGUGACAACACCAUUCACUACAUUCAUUCCCCACCCAGAUUGCGUAAUCUGUUGUAUUCUUUACAAACUUUGCUUUCGAAUUAUCAAUCGCAGGCUAGUGUUGCAAAUUCUACUGAAAAAGCCUUGGGGAUAUCAUCAAGUUCAAAGCACUCUUGACGUUCUGAUGACACAAGGCGAGCUUUCGCUCUCAGACUCUGAGACAAAGGUGGCCUUGGCCUUUUUCACAGAAGUUCUGAAUCUUUUUCCAGAAUUUCCGGAUGCUCACGAAUAUCGAGCGCAAUGCCUCUUCAUUUUGGGUGAUUUUCUUCAAGCUGAGCAGGACUGCAAUAGAGCUCUCAAUUUGACGCAACGCACAAGUGCAGCAGCAUUCGAUACAAAAAUAAAAAUCAAGAUUCAGCAGGGAGAGUUUGCGGAGGCUCUGGAAUUAGUGAAUGAAUGGCAAUUUAUUGAUCCCGAAAAUACAGACCUCGACAUGAUUGAAAGGCGAAUUAGUCAAACAUUGCUGGCGACGCAACCUUGGAGUGGAACAGCGGAGAUAAACCGAUGUCAGUCGCUUUCCGAUGUGUCAUGUGGUCAUGAGUCAGGUCAUGAAAUAACAACAGAAAAAAAAACCAACCAAGCCUGGAGUCAAAGCGGCAACGCGAAGGUCAGCAAACUCGCAAAUCCUGUUGCUGUUCCCACUCUCCACCCAAUACAAUGUGGAAAAUUAGGAGAAAUUGCAGGGUUAAAUGACGACUCUGACGCGAGCAGUGUUUGCAGCAUUAGUACUUGCCCAGGCGAUUUGGAUUACAGAACGAACUACCGCCCCAGGAUGCCGACGUUUGAAGACAGCGAUCAGGGUAUUGUCAGUGAUCAACCUAAAUCGUCAUCUCGUCAAACGAAGAAAGCAGCCGAGAAGUCGUCCAAUAAACAAAGCUUGGGAAUCCGUCGUAGACCUACUGAUGUUCAAGGCCCCUACCGUCUCUGUAGGUACCACGAUCGUCCGGAGCUUUGUUGGCAAGGGAAACUAUGCGUCUAUGCGCACAAUGAAGCAGAGAGAGUAGCUUGGGAAGAAGACAGGAAAAAAGGUAUAUUACUUAAGAAAGAACUCGAAGCGUGGAAUGUACACUUGGAGAAGAUGGAAAAAGAAAGGAAAAUGAAAACAGAAGAGGGGAAAGAGGUGAAGACAACGGACGGGCACCCUAAGAGUUCCUCAAACAAGCUUGGCGACGUUUCCGAAGUGACUGUGCCUAGUGUCUCAAAGGCGGCUGCGAAGUCGGAUAAACAAAGUGGUGGAAUUCGACCACGGCCAAAGAAUGUGUAUGGUGCCUUUCGCCUCUGUCCUCAUUACAGCGUUCGAAAAAGUUGUCCUGCAGGUGACCGAUGCAGUUUUCCCCACAGCGAGGUGGAGAGGAUCGCGUGGGAAGAAGACCGGAAAAAAGGUUCUUUUAAACCAGCCGCCCAAAAAGGCAAUUCCAAGAAACAAAAAGCGAAAGGAGCCUUUUUAAUUACACUGAAAGAAUGGCGCCACGCAUUUAGGGGACCAACUGGCUGCCGAGCACCCUUACGGAUUCCAAAUAAAGGCGAAAAGUACAGUAUGUGUCCUGAAUGGACAAAGGGAAGUUGCAAACUCGGCAGAGUAUGUACAUUUGCACAUGGGGAGACAGAACUCACAGCAUGGAAUAAUCACUUGGAAAAAAUGGACUCUGAACUGGAAACAAAGAAGGUGGAGAGGAAAGAUGUCGACUCCGCGGAGGAAAGUAAAGUCAGUUCACCUGUGGAGGAUGAGCGACCGACUCCUACAUACAAGGUCGAGGACCUAGUGUCCAGGCUUCCAGGAGUGACUGUUAGUUGUGAGCCCGGGGAUCUUGAUGUCUCAUUGCAGGUGCCUCUGAACAGCGAAGGAGAAAACAGAUAUAGCUGGUCCCUGCAAAUCUGCUAUGAGCCAAGUGCCACUGGCAAACUGCAAGAUGUAGUGCUCUUACCGCAGCACCACAGAUGCUACACCCUUUCAAGUGUCAAAUUUAACCGUGCAGUGACAGACGCCAGUGCUGCGCCAACAACCGUGAAAGCAUCAGACUCUGAAGAGCUUUCUGUUGACAUGUUUCAUUACCCAGUAAAACCUAAUCUUCAAGAGUCGCGCGGCAGUUGUGAAGUGGAGAUCGUAGUUUCAUUUUCGACUCUUGUGUUUGGAUACUUUGCUCAAGUCUUGGUGCUCGAUUUCGGGAAGGCAAAACAUCUUGCUGUGAAAAUGACUGUAGAGGUUGGUAGUCAAAAAUUUCUACAAGAGUUUGGCGAAGCGAAGGCAAACUUAACGUUGGAUUGGCCGUUGUGGGAUGACGGAUCUCGAGACAUUAUCAAGUUUGAGCCCAAACGUCCUUCAGUGUUCAACAACGAACAUUUGGUAGCCAAGUACAAGCUUCCCAAACGGGAAGAUAUAGUGCCUUCCACCCUCCUUGAUGGAUCUAAAGGCUUGAGCAAGGACAACUACAAAGACGUCAUGCAUCAACUAUUAUUCGUAGAGGAGUUCUACAUUCGACAGCAAUUUGCCAGUUUUAACGUACAGGGUGUAAACAUGUACGCUACACAAUUGCUGGUGAAGACAGACGAAGUCUUGUGCGCGCAGGAAGGAUGGCUUUAUGGCUCCUUUCAUGUCUCCCGGCCAAUAACACCCGAUGACGCGAAUGCACGACUCUUGCUGAGGAAUCUUUUUGGAAGCAUGGGCUCGGUUCUCAUAGCCAAAUCCCAAAUCCCUGAUUCUGUGGUUUAUGAAGCAUUAGUAGACUCGGUCGAGGACAGUCGAGUCAUAUUAAAGCUGUCUUCACAGUGCUGUGAAGAUCUGGCGCUGUCGAAUAACAGUGAUGUCACAGUGGACGUUCAGUUUCACAUCAACAGACUUCCUCUAUGUGAGAUGCACGACAAUAUUGACAGACUUGGUCCUGAGCACGUGCGAAUAUUGUUUCCGGAGUUCAGUGGUGUUGGUUUGGAGGAGAAGAUUCAUCAUCUUCCUUGGAUUCUUGACCCAAGCUUGAAUGAAGACCAGAAAGAGAUCAUCAGGAAAAUAGCAGCACCGUCAAUUGAUGCACCCCCUCUCGUGGUAUUUGGUCCUUUUGGAACGGGAAAAACAUUCACAUUGAACCAAGCUGUUCGUCGUAUCGCCGUCAACCUUAACAACCGGGUGCUCAUCUGCACACACUCAAACAGUGCCGCAGAUAUGCACGUAGAACUUCUGGAUGAAUAUCUGAAGGAGCAACGUGGAAUAGCUGCCUGCAGACCUUUGAGGAUUUACACACCUAUGCGUAAACUGUCAACCGUUUCUGACAAAGUCAAACAAUAUUGCCUCAUCACCGACAAAGGGAAGCCAACAGAAGCCUUCAGACUUCCAACUCGCCAUGAGGUGUUAAGUCACCGAGUCGUUGUAUCGACUUUGGGCAUGUCCAGGGCACUUUUUGACAUGGAACUUCAUCGUGGAUUUUUUUCGCACAUCUUAAUCGAUGAAGCGGCUCAGGCACUGGAAACUGAAACACUUACACCAAUCACACUCGCAGGGAACAACACCAAAAUAGUUUUCACCGGCGAUCAUAUGCAGAUGAGUCCUGAUGUGUUUUCCCCACAAGCAGUGAAGUGGGGAUACCAAAUUUCCUUACAAGAAAGGCUCUUUCACGAUUACAAGGAGCGGCGAAAAGAGAAAACGCUGGAUCCAAAUCUCAUCUUAUUAACAGAGAACUACCGCUCAAACGAGCAGGUUCUUCAGUUCUCGUCCGACAUGUUUUACGGUGGAAAGCUUUCUUCUGGUAGCAAACAACCCUUACACCCUCUACUUGGACCACUUGUGUUUUAUUCUGCUCUUGGCAAGGAAGAGAUUGAACAUAGCCACUCCUCAUAUCGCAACUUGGCUGAAGUCAAUGAAGUGGUGAAGCGAGUCAAAGAGCUCACCGAUUCGUGGCCUGGCGCUGAAUGGGGUCCAAAAGAUCUGAAACAAGUUGCUGUGGUUUCUUCCUACCGUUACCAGGUUAGGACAAUUCGAGAUGGGCUUAGGAAAGUUGGUCUAGGACAGGUUGAUGUAGAAACCAUUGAAAACGUUCAAGGAAAACAGUUCCGUGCUCUUUUCAUCAGCACAGUUCGAACUUUUCAUACCUGCAAAGAGUUCGGUGAGCGCGACCUUGGGGAGAACGAGAGUCCAUACCUGUAUUUCCUGUCAGACCCUAAGCUGCUAAACACCGCUCUUACACGUGCCCAGUCUCUCAUCGCAGUUGUUGGUGAUCCAUUUUCUUUGAGAACCGUGGGUGCUUGCCAAGGGCUGUGGGAAGAAUUUAUCAAGAGAUGUAGUGACCAGGGACGCCUGUUUGGAAUUGAACCCAACGAGCUUGAAGAAAGUAUAUCGCAGAGUGGACUUAAUGUCAAUGCUACCGAGUUUAUGCCAGGUGCGUUCUCAAACACCAGUCAUCCGGCUGCUAAAAACCAAGACUGUGGCCUUAACGUUACGGCCAGCAGUAUGUCACCUCCUUCGCCUCAGGAACUUGAGUCAAAUUUCAAAAGGGGUGACCGCACUUUCCUUUCCAAGGGAAAGGGCCAUUUUAGUGACGAUGCCGACACAGUCCCUACUGACCUUGAAAACUUAGACGAGAGUGAACUUGCAAGUGCAUCUGAUUCCGACGAUGCGGGGGACGAAUUGUCUGAGAGUGACGACCUGGGAGGUGCCGAUGACUUUGCCGAGUAUGGGAAUAUGGAUGAGACAGUGCCCCCAGAGUACAUGGAUGAAAUCAUCCUUGCCUUGAAGGCCAAGUGUGAAGAAAAAAAAAUGAAAAGAAAAGCGAAAGGAGAAGCAAAGGAAGAGAAAGUCGAUAUGAGACCAAAUAUUCCACCAGAAGACAGCACAAAGAGCAAUACAAGUCCCCUUACUACUCAUUCUGGUUUUAAUGACGUGGGAAACAACGUUGUUCACGAAGACUACAAAAUGACCACAAGGAAAGGUGAAACUCGUAUUUUUCUGGUGAACUGGAACGUCAAAUACAGCGAGCGUACGCAACGACUACUUCGUGAACCCAAACAGAAAGAGCAAGAGAGCCUACAGCCAGAGUAUCUUGAUCGUCUGUUAAGGGACGAUCCUCAUUCAUAUCGCACAUGCUCCUUGCACAUUAGCCACGAGAGAUCAAGAACUUUGUAUGGAGAGAUUCAAGAUCUUGCUACUGACGAUAUUUUGAUCGAAGGAAACACUCGUCAGUACUUUGAUCGAGACAGGGUCUUGGUAAAACUGACCAACUUACCUUCCAGUAGCUCGGAAAGAAUGAAAGGUGAGAUAGUUGGGAGAUGGAAUCGCCCAAUCAGUCUUCGUGAACUUCAGUUUGUUUGUACAAUCAACAGAAACAACCCCUGGGUGAUGUACCCAAUAAACAGAUCGAUGACACCCAUCGGAAACUUGAGAGAUGAAUCUUGCAGAGGAGUUCCAAUUUACAAAAGAGUUCAUCCUGGACAUGCGGAGAAAGCAGUGCGAGUGGGCACGCUAUCGUUAAGAGAGGCAUUGAGUGGCAACUACCUCUUUGUCGUGCAAUAUUUGCAAUGGAAACGUGAAUUUCCAUAUCCACUUGGCAUUGUAACAAAGAAGAUCCGUAGAACCUCUGAUCUUUCUGAAGCUUUCAAACUUCUAGCUGCUGAGUACCAACUGAAGGAACUUUUUCCAGAUGAGGUUGAUAGAGAGGUAGAAAGACAGAUUGACGAGUGGUCAGCCAGCCCAAAUCGUGAAAGAAAUAGCCGCCCACAUGUGAAAAACGCAUUUACAAUUGAUCCUCCUGGAAGUAGAGCUUUGGAUGAUGCCUUGACGAUUGAGGAACUAGAGAAUGGUCUUUACAAAGUCGGCGUUCACAUUGCUGAUGUGUCUUACUUUGUGAUAAAGGGGAGUAGAAUCGAUACCGAGGCGCGAAAGAGAGGAACUUCUUACUUUCCAGGUCACAGUUUUGGAGACGUUCUUAUGCUUCCGGAAGACCUAAGCCAUUGCAUCUGCAGCCUGUUGCCGAACCAAGAACGACUUGCAGUUUCUGUUUACCUGGUUCUGGACCAAGAUGGUGGUGUACAGGAAGAGCUCGAUUUUUGUCGAACGAUUGUGACCUCACAAUGUCGUUUGACUUAUGCUGAAGCACAAAAAGUCAUUCUUGGAGAGCCCAUCAGAGGUAAGCCUGUCAGUGAAGGGGAAGUGACACCGGUGAUCGAACAAAGCAUCCGCACCCUUAGUUUCUUAGCUCAAAAAAGGAGGCAGUUGCGUCUUGGUGACAAAUCGUUCUAUCAUUUCGACCACGCAGACCGAAAGGAAGACCUUGAAGCUCAUGAGUUAGUAGAAGAAAUGAUGAUCCUUGCAAACACAUCUGUGGCUGAGUUCCUUGUUCGGAGACAAGCAGUGUUGUCUGCGCCUUUGCGAAUUCAACUUCCUCCCAAGAGGCGUAAACUAGAUGAAUGGAUAGAGAGGUUUGGCGAGUUUGCUAUGCUUUCUCUUUCUCUUAGAGCGCAUCUGCGUCAAGAUGGUCACUGCACGGAGUCCUUUGUUGUGCCAACGUCUACAUGGAAUGACAUCAAUAAAGCGCUGCGCAAACAGGAUCUCAGAAGGUUAACGCACUUAAUUUGCAAUGAUAACAUCUAUCCUCAACUUGCUGCUGCACGUUCGCAACUGAAUUGUCUGCAAAGAAAAGCUGAAGAUGUAAGAGCAGCUGACGUGGAAGUAGAUCACAGAGUUCAUUGGUCCUUGAACGUGUUGGAAUACACUCGCUUUACUUCUCCGAUUCGUCGUUAUCUUGAUAUUGAAGUUCAUCGCUUGUUACUAGAGAACGAAGGGCAAAACACGGCGCCUGAGGAUAUCUCCGAGCUUUAUGGCAGGUGUUCAUUUCUAUCCGACAGAUCGAGUAAGUUUGAGAGAGAUUGUGGCCAAGUUCAGUUCGCUGCCGAUCUUAAGGAGAACACUUGCGAAACUGCCGCUGUCGUUGAAGUCAUCACGCGGGAUUUUAUUCAACUGCAACUUCUGUCUGAUGCAAACCAGUACCUCACUCUCAAGCAAAGGAGAGUCCGGAUUAGUGACUUGGGACCAAUUGAGCAACCCCAGUUGGAUGAAUCGUCAACUUCCGUUGAACUGAAGUGGAAAUUUAGGGUGCACGAUGCUUCUGCUGAAAAUAUGAAGCAUGCAAGGCAGUUCAGGGAUCAGGAGAGACAUCUCCGUGAAGACAGAAGCAAGAUUGAAGCAUUGUUGUACGCUGUCUUAAACUGUUCAAGUAUUGAUUACCACAUUCCUAGCGAUUAUUGGCUAGAAGUCGUGAAUGCUGUUAAAGACAACGAUUUGAAAAGGCUGAAGCAAGGAUUGAGGGAAGUGUAUAAGAUCAUUUCUCGUCAAAGGAGGGAAGCUUCGAAUGAAAAGAUACGACAAGAACGACAAGGAGAGCAGGGAGAGGAAGAAAACGACCAUGACCGCGACGAAGAUGACGAACACAACGAUGAAGAUGACGAUGAAGAUGACGAUGAAGAUGACGAUGAUGACCACGACGGAGAUGAUGACUCUGACGAAGUAAUUGACGAAGUCGACGAGAGCGAUAGCGAAAGUGAUACGGAGUCACCUAAAGAUGAGGAAGAAAGUGAGUUACAUUUCAUUGAGGCGACUCAUGCUUUCAAAGUUUCCGACAAAGUUAGCGUACAGCUAUCAGCCAACGAUAUUGGACCACUCAUGGCACCUGACAUUCAGCUGUUCAACCUUGCGUCUGGCAUCAACAUCUGUCUGGAACACAGGAAGCUCGCUGAUAACUGCUUUGCAGAAACUGCUUCAGAAAAAGCGUCAAAGCAGCGCUAUAGAAACAUCAGAGCGUACGUCAAUGUUUGGAAUCCUCUGCUGAACAUGGAGGCUGCUACCGUGGCCACACGGAAUGAUGAUGCAUUAGUUCUUCAAGGUAUUGAAGUAACGUGGAAAGUGGAAGAUGACUCUAAACUUGUCGGCAAGUUUCGGCUAGAUAAGAAGUUCAGCGAAACCAGGCAAAUCGAUAUUUUUUGUGGAGAUUAUGCUUGUGUGCGAGUUUCCUGCUCCACGUCUGUUUCGAACAGUUCGCCUAAUUCAGAGUUGUCUUCGGCAAUCAAAAGUGUGUUUUUAGACGAACAUGGAGAAGAAGCAUCAGCUGGAAGUGAAGGCGAAGAUGAGAAUGACAAGGAAAGUUUCACCGCUGGAGGGGAAGCUGUAGAACGAUAUUGGGUUGGUCACUGUAUCUUCACUGGUGCAGACACAUCUCUGAAAUUCACCCUUCAGCUGUUCCAGCACUCAAUGAGCAUCCCUCAAGUUCUUCGAAGUGGGGGAACUCGGAGAUGUAUCGUGGAGAUAAUAAAGCAAGCAAUCCCUUCCAGCGGUAUUGCCCAUGGGCGCUUACUCGCAAUUUUGAAGUUUCCGGCUUCCGAAAACAAAACAUACUCGGCGGAUGACCGUUCCGAUAAAAACAGCCCUUGUGGCAAAAUCCAGACCAUGAAGGACCUAAUCACAACGCUAGCUCGGACUUAA